GGAGGGUGCAGAUUGUAAAUUAAUGAUAAACCCUACUUAUCGUCUCUCUCAAAACCCGCGUCGAAUCCUAAAAGACGCUCACUGCUUCGAACAACGAACGAACGAACCGGUUUGGUUUCUCCACUCACUCAACUCAAGAAUAGGUUUAUGAGUCUAAGCAAGGAUUGAACUUCCUCACAGCCAAGUUUUCUGGGUCUAAACCCGUUUAUAAGAUUCUGUGAAAGGAAACAGCUCUGUUCUGUCAAACUUGUUCUGAGUUCUGAGAAAUGGCUUCAUCAAAUUUGCUAAUUGAGGCUCACUUGUUGCGUAUACCAAUUUUGUCUCCAAAGCAGGCGAAUCUCUGUUUGCUGAAUCCUUCAUCUUGCAGAAAAAUGUCUUCUUCAGAUUGGAAGCAAGAAACUGGGCUGAGAAGGGAUGUUUCUAUGAGAUGCCAGGGGGUGCUGAAUGGUGUCUGCAUCGACCGUGUAAAUGAUGUUGAUGUUCAUGCUGAGAGAAGCUCAGAGUUCCAUCACUAUGGUGUCGGAGAUAAAGUGAAACCAAGGAAGCUUUUAGGUUCUUCGAGUUUAUCAUCUGAUGGACCAAUUACCGAGAACGACCAAGAGACAAACAAUGAGAUCCUUCAUAACCUCUGCAGCAAUGGCAAGUUAACAGACGCUUGCAAACUUGUCGAAGUGAUGGCACGUCAUAAUCAGCUUCCUCAUUUCCCUUCUUGCUCAAACCUAGUUCGCGGUCUAGCCAGAAUUGAUCAGCUGGAUAAAGCAAUGAGUAUCUUGAGAAUAAUGGUUAUGUCUGGUGGGGUUCCAGAUACUAUUACCUAUAACAUGAUCAUCGGUAAUCUUUGCAAGAAAGGGCAUAUAAGAUCUGCCUUGAUCCUCUUAGAAGACAUGGGUUUGAGUGGGAGCCCUCCAGAUGUGAUCACCUAUAAUACACUGAUUCGGUGUAUGUUUGAUCAUGGGAAUGCUGAGCAAGCCAUCAGGUUUUGGAAGGAACAACUGCGGAACGGUUGCCCUCCUUAUAUGAUUACAUACACGGUUUUAGUUGAACUCGUGUGCAGGUACUGUGGAAGCGCUCGAGCUAUGCAAGUUUUAGAAGACAUGGCAGUCGAAGGUUGUUAUCCUGAUAUUGUCACAUACAAUUCUCUGGUGAACUAUAACUGCAGGCGAGGGAAUUUAGAGGAGGUGGCUUUGGUCAUUCAGCAUAUUGUAUCUCAUGGAUUGGAACUCAACACCGUAACUUACAACACUCUUCUACAUUCCCUUUGUUCCCACGAGUACUGGGAUGAAGUGGAGGAGAUUCUAAACAUCAUGUAUCAGACGUCCUACUGUCCAACAGUUAUCACUUACAACAUCUUGAUUAAUGGUUUAUGCAAAGCUAGGCUUUUGACUCGUGCAAUCGAUUUCUUCUACCAGAUGCUGGAACAAAAGUGCUCACCUGACAUUGUCACUUACAAUACAGUUCUAGGAGCCAUGUCGAAAGAGGGAAUGGUAGAUGACGCGAUCAAGUUACUUGGAUUGCUUAAAAACACGAGUUGUCAGACCGGAUUGAUCACUUAUAACUCUGUAAUCGAUGGGUUGGCCAGAAAGGGAUUGAUGGAGAAAGCAUUGGAGCUGUACCAUCAGAUGCGCGAUGCUGGAAUCUCUCCCGAUGAUAUAACCCGUCGGUCUUUGAUAUAUGGUUUCUGCCGGGCAAACCUAGUUGAAGACGCGGGUCAAGUUUUAAAGGAGACAAGCAAUAGAGGGAACGGGAUCAGAGGUAGCACUUACAAGUUGGUGAUCCAAGGGCUAUGCAAGAAUAAAGAGAUGGAAAUGGCAAUAGAGGUUGUUGAGAUAAUGCUAACAAGUGGAUGUAAGCCAGAUGAGACAAUAUAUACCUUAAUAGUUAAAGGCGUGGAAGAGAUGGGAAUGGGAAGUGAGGCUAUUCAGUUGCAGAAGAAGCUGAAGCAGUGGAAACUCUUGAGGGUAGCGUAGGAAAUGUAAUUGAAUCUGCCUUUUCUAUUAAGUCUUUUGUACAGGAAACCAGUUUUGUAAGGCAACGGUUGAAUCAGAAAGCUUAUGCCUCAGUUUGCUCAAAAUUAAGUUUCAUUUUGUUUGCCUA